GGCGUUGAAACGAAAAGCGUAUGAGUCAGAUUCGGACGACGAAGUCGACAAUCACGGAAAUCGAGGGCAAAAAAUGAAGAAGCGCGCCAGGUUUGUGCGCGAGGGUCAGCUAGCACCACCAUCUGGCCCUGAAGUAUAUAGAGAGAUCGUCAACCACGCUGGUUAUCAGCGGGCCAUUAUAAAUCGGAACCCGCCCCUUAUCGACGACGAGGGCUACGAACUUGACAGCGACGACGAUGAAGAGCGUGUACGAGAAGCCAUGGAAGACGCCGCCGAGUUCAAUCCUUAUGCCAGGAUCCGGCUUGAGACCAUUCUCGCUCCCCUCACUGCCGUCACCGAUCUUGCCUCACACCCUACCAUGUCACGACCUUACACUUCCAAAACUUUAACCGACUUAACGAAGCAAGCCUGUGACAUUAUGCACAAAGAGAAUGCAGCUCUUUGGCAGGUUAAACACUUGCAGACGAGACUUGUUGGCGACCACACUUGGAUUCCGUGCGAGCUCAUGCUUGGACCCAACGACAUCAACCUGUACCGAGAUGACUACGUAGUAAACGGUCUAGGAAGCCUUUCGAAGAACUCAGUCAACUCAGACGCUAGCAUGCCUCUGCUAGAGAAUGUACAUCCACAGUCCAACGGACGGAUCUCAGGCAAUGGAGAAUCCCCUCUGGAGAAUAAUGCCGAAACUGGGCGUAAAGGAGAAGCCAUUGGCGAACCCGACGCACCAAUGACUGUCGCAGAUGCCACUGCUCAUGCUAGUGCUUCCGAAUCGCAAGUGAACGGGGACAAAUCUCACGCAGUACCCCCUGCGCCGAACCCAGAGACAGAAGGGCAGGAGAAGUCGUCGGACGAAGAUAAGGAGACGACCGAUACAUCGUUAAAGACGGCUGUAGUUGAUGAGCAUGAUGAUACAGAAGAAGGGGUAAAGGGCAAGCAUUCCCUGAAACUACCAACCGAUGUUGAACACGAAGUUAUCGUGAAUGGGAUUGAUCGUACAACGGAACAGAAUGGCAAGUCGAGCAGCAAAACUCGUGGACCCCAAAGGAUGAUGAACGGCAGCCAGGUAAAUCACAGGGCUAUUGGCCCGGCGUCAAAUGCAUCAGAACCUGUGGACGAUAUGUUUAUCCACCCACUAUUCCUAGCACCAAGAUCAGCUCGCCCAGACCGAGACUUGGGCCUCCCCGAAGGAGAAGCUGAAGAUCUCCGACGGCUGAUGCAGCUCUACGUGCAAAAGCAAGAAGAAGUAUGCCGGGGGGCUAAGCGCUUAUAUGAAGGACUACUUCGUGCGGACCGGCUACGGAAGACGGUUUUCCAAUGGUCAAAGUACGAAGCGCAUGUGGGUCCGAAUCGCGACAUGUCGGAUGGCGAGGACUGGUACGAUAAAGAGGAAUGGGGCCUUGAGGAAGAUCUCAAGAAGGGCCAGGACGAGGAGGAAGAAGAUACGACACAGCCAACCGGAAAGAAGACUAGGAAUCGCAGGUAGCGACGCAAAUGGUAGUUCUGGGCGCUGAAAUGAUAGAUACGGCAAAGGCAAUGUGACACGGCGAUUUGGCGACAAGACAAUACCCGGGAUCGUUUAGAUAGAUCCCAAAAUGCAGUUGAGCUGACGAACGAUGACCUACCUACUCCGAACUCCUAGCCGAUGUGAAAGGCUAGCAUGUUAUGGAUGGUUUGCCGUAACAAUGCCUCGGCCCCGCAAUUUGAGUAAACCGAUGCUGCUUCAAGGCACACAUAAGACAUCGGUUGACUUAAGAUAGACGUUUUUUCCUACCAAUUCGAAUGUGCAG